AUGGGAUGCUGCAUAGAUUUGCUUUACCUUAUCACCCCCAAACUAGUGGUCAAGUCGAGGUGUCAAACAGGGAACUUAAAAGUUAUUCUUGAGAAAACUGUACACAAGUCCCGAAAGAACUGGUCCGACAAGCUUAAUGAUGCCCUUUGGGCUUAUAUGACAGCUUUUAAGAUCCUUAUCGGGACUAAACCAUUUAGACACAUCUACGGGAAGCACUGUUACCUCCCUGUAGAGUUGGAGCAUAAGGCCCAAUGGGCCAUUAAGACCCUCAAUUUUGACCUCAAAGCCGCAGCCUAUGAGAGUGCCUUGCUCUAUAAGAGAAGACUAAAAGAUGGUGACCAAAGUUUUUCCACACGGCCCCAUAGAGGUUCAAGGGCCAACCAACACCUUCAAGUGAGCGGUCACCGUGCUAAGCGUUAUCAUCUCGGAGAGUCGAUUGAGACCUCAGAGGUCUUGUAUAUCGAGCCUAGUUAA